CUCACUUGCGCACUGACUCGUUUGGAGCGGUUUGUCACUGACAGUACUUUCCUGAACACGGAGAGCAAAAUGACCGCUGAAUAAAGUGGAUAUUUCGAUACAAUUAUUCGAAGUCCAACCUUCAAACGCAACCUAUAGAUUGAAAACGACGAAGAAGGUGUUUGUUAAGUUGAACACCUGCACAUGCAGCUUGUGAACGACUGCAGCACUGUACACAACCUCAUACAUGAUGGUUGACGCACAACGAUUGUCUCAGCGUUUUAAAGCGUUUAAAGUCUGGGGCAGUAUGAACCUGACUGAUGUCCUGUCUCUAUGCCAACUGAAGCCUCAGGUCGAGGUAAACCUAAACCCUCCUGUCAGAAGGUGACCUCUCUGCCCCAAUCCAAACUCUACAGGAAUAUGCCCGGCCUGCAUGAUGGAUUCCAACAGCACCGAGCUGGGCCUGUACUCGUCAUCCGACGCCCUGGGAGUGGGAAUCUACCCGGUAUCCACCCCAUGGCCAAUGCUCCAGAACACAAGCCUCAUCAACCUCAGCACAGUUUUCAAGCUCAAUGGGAGUAAUGUCGAGGUCGAAGGUCAAUCCUAUGAUCCUCUGGGAGGCCACUCACUCUGGCAGGUCAUUCUCAUCGUUGUCUUUACAGGACUGCUCUCAGUUAUUACUAUUAUCGGCAACAUCUUGGUCAUGGUGUCGUUUAAGGUCAACCGCCAACUCAAAACGGUUAACAAUUACUUCCUACUUAGUUUAGCCGUGGCAGAUCUCAUAAUCGGGGUCAUCUCUAUGAACCUGUACACCGCCUAUAUCGUCAUGGGCCAGUGGGCAAUGGGAAACUGGGCGUGCGACCUCUGGCUCGCAAUAGACUAUGUAGCCAGCAAUGCAUCCGUCAUGAAUCUGCUGGUUAUUAGCUUUGACCGCUAUUUCUCCAUCACAAGGCCUCUGACGUAUCGUGCCAAGCGUACCACCAGACGGGCAGGAGUGAUGAUUGGCCUGGCAUGGUUUGUGUCUCUCAUACUUUGGGCGCCUGCCAUUUUGUUUUGGCAGUAUUUUGUUGGAGAAAGAACCGUUCCUCCGGAUAAGUGCUAUAUUCAGUUUCUCUCCGAGCCCAUUAUUACAUUUUGCACCGCGAUGGCGGCUUUCUACCUGCCGGUGACGAUAAUGAGCGUACUGUACUGGCGAAUAUACAAAGAGACGGAGAACCGUUCUCGGGAACUUGCAGGAUUACAAGGCUCGGUCGGAAGGUUCGCAGGUGUUGAGCGACCACGCUUCCACCUCCAUGCCACUGGGGGGAGUUCUAGAAGCUGCAGCAGCUUCGAACUGGGCCAACCUGGCCACAGACAAAGCUCUGUUCAUGGUCUGAGUGGGCGAUUCCACUGCUGGGGGUGGAAGUCAGGCGGCAGGGAUAAAGGUGGGCCGCACCGGGAGGCGGAUCAGAGCAGCAGCGACAGCUGGAACAACAACGACGCUGGGCUGUCAGCUGACCACUCAGGGUCAUCUGAAGAUGAAGAGUGUGCGCCAUCCACCACACGGGCGAUUUUCUCCAUCGUUCUCAAUCUGCCCGGCAUGAGGGCAGCUGUAAACUCCCAAGUCACUUCUUGUGAGGAUUUGGACACAGAGGAAGAUCCAUUACGCUCCCCUGUGGAGAACGACGGCAGGGAUGGCAGCAUCUCGCGCUCCGUCACCAACGGGAACAAACGGUUUGUCGGGAGCAUGAGUAAAGUUCAAUCAAUGUCCGUCAUACAGUCCUCAACGGAUCCAAGUGUAGAUGUCACCAACACCACCGUCAAAUCUCCCUCAGCGCCCAUAACCUUCAAAGAGGCAGCUCUAGCGAAACGUUUCGCAGCUCGCGCAAGGACGCAAAUCACUAAGCGAAAGCGCAUGUCACUAAUAAAAGAAAAGAAAGCUGCGCAAACUCUAAGCGCCAUCCUUUUCGCAUUCAUUAUAACGUGGACGCCUUAUAACAUCAUGGUGCUAGUCAACACUUUCUGCAAUGGUUGCAUACCUGAGAACCUCUGGGCACUAGGUUAUUGGCUGUGCUACGUUAACAGUACAGUAAAUCCAAUGUGCUACGCCCUUUGCAACAAGACUUUUCGUAGCACUUUCAAGAUGAUCCUACUUUGUCGCUGGGAUCAGAAAAAAAGCAAGCCAAGCUUUCCACAAAGACACGCUGUGAGGUUUCACAGGAGCAUACCGACAGACUCCACAUAGCUAACUUGCUAAUGCUAAAAUGUAAGUCGCAAGGGGAGAUUCCUCAAGUAUCUGUACUAUAUAUUGAAGCUUUAAUGUGUGAGUCUUAAUGUGGACGUGUAGUUCGGUCACUCAUGAUUCUGGGUCACUAGAUUGUAACGUUUUAAGACACUAUGGUUUGGUGUACAAAGAGCUUCAGCGAUACUGAAGCACAACUGAGCAAGUGCAAUUGCCAUCAGUACUUCCUGUGGACUUUUAUAUGCCUUUUACUAAAUCUGCAGUGCCAACUUUCAGGAGUUCAGCAAAGACAAAGUACAUUUGAAAGGAGACUGUAUAUUUUGAACAUCUGAGAGCUGAUUGGGUGUGAUACUCUCAAUUAAUUGUUUGAAUAUUUUGUGGUUGAAUAUUAAAUAUCUCAUUUUUGUCAGUGAACAAAAACUAAAAUUUGAUUUUUAAAUAAGGUGAUGUAUAUCAAAGUAUUUACGGUGAAGAUAUUUCUUUUUUGUAAGUGAAAUUUGCUGAUUUCUGUGAAAGCGUGCCACACGGAGGUUCUGUAAGUGUAAGUGUAAGUGUUCCUCUGCAACAUGUGAGCCACAGUUGAACAGUUUGUAGGUUUUUUGGUUAUUCAUAAACAGCACUUCCGUAAGCUGCUCUUGUAUAAAGCGUGGUUGUUUACAUUUGUUUUGCUACAAGUAUUUUAAUAGCUAUUAUGUAGGUUUUCAGUGCACAUUGAAUAUGUUUGUAUAUGUUUGGAAUGCCUUAUGUUUGGACUUUGAGAUUGUGCACUGAAUAUACUGGGCUAGCUGUGAAAUCAUUUAUGAAACCUAAAGAAUGUCUAAAGAACUGUUUAAUGGACAUUCAAAUUUUGACAUUAGUGUGUUGGAACGUAAUUCCGUUUACAACAAAACUGUUUGCUGUCACCACCACAUUUGGGAAUGCCAGGCUUUAACAUAACAAGCUAAAUUAGUUGAUACAAAGCACACAAAAUACAGACCUGUCAAUCAUACAUGCAUAUUUAUUCAACUAUGGUCUCCUUUGGCACUGUGCAGAAAAUAACAUUUCUUAAAACACGUUUUUUACACUCAGUUUAUUUAGUCAAAAGUUUACAUACACCUCACAGAAUCUGCAAAAUGUUAAUUAUUUUACCAAAAUAAGAGGGAUCAUACAAAAUGCAUGUUAUUUUUUAUUUAGUACUGACCUGAAUAAGGUUUCACAUAAAAGACAAAAGUUUACAUACACUUGAUUCUUAAUACUGUGUUGUUACCUGAAUGAUCCACAGCUGUUUUUUUUUUUUUUUUUGUGAUAGUCCAUGAGUCCCUUGUUUGCCCUGAACAGUUAAACUGCCUGCUGUUCUUCAGAAAAAUCCUUCAGGUCCACAAAUUCUUUGGUUUUUCAGAAUUUUUGUGCGUAGGAAACACAAUGCAAUAAGAGCAGGGGAAGGGCAGUACUAAAUGAAAAAUAUGAUAUUUAGGCAAAAUAAGAAAAGUUCAAAAGUUUACAACCCUGGCUCUUAAUGCAUUGUGUUUCCUUCUGAAGCAUCAGUGAGCAUUUGAACCUUCUGUAAUAGUUGCAUAUGAGUCCCUCAGUUAUCCUCAGUGUAAAAAGAUGGAUCUCAAAAUCAUACAGUCAUUGAUGGAAAGGGUUCAAAUACACAAAAAUGCUGAAAAACAAAAGAAUUUGUGAGACCUGAAGGAUUUUUCUGAAACACAUUGGGCAGUUUUAACUGUUCAGGACAAACAAGGGACUCAUGAAAAAAAAACAGCUGUGGAUCAUUUAGGUAUUAAGAAUCAAGCAUAUGUGAACAGCAUCAUUUUUAUAAAUUCAGCUAUUAUUUUCUCUUGUGGACAAUAUGUAAACGUUUGUGUGAAAUAUCUUAUUCAGGUCAGUACUAAAUAAAAAAUAACAUGCAUUUUGUAUGAUUCAUCUUAUUUUGGUAAAAUAAUUUACAUUUUGCAGAUUCUGCAAGGUGUAUGUAAACUUUUGACAUUAACUGUAUAUCAAGCAGUGGACUUGAUGGCCUACUCCUUAAUUUCAUAGCAUUUUAUGUAUGCUAAAAAUACACAAUUAAGUAACAUUCUUCACAAAAAAUUCAAUCUUAAAUGGAAAUCAAACACAAACAUUACACUUGCUGUUCAGUUCCAACUCUGGUGUUUUGAGGAAAUAUGAAUAAUUGCCUGAUUUGUAACUUAUCUGCCAUUUGUAUUAGAGUAAAGAAACAGUAACUUUUUGAUAUGUUUUUAUGUUUUACAUUGCAAAAAAGGCUGUAUGUUUUGUAAGGCCUUGUAAGAUCAAAGUUAAAAUUGAGCUUCUGUGCGGUGUGUUGUUUGUGGCUGUGCUCUCGUUUUGUUCCAAAUUGGCUGUGUACAAGUUCAAGUUAAAUGAUAGAGUUACUGUCAGAUUUGUGAUAACUGUUGAAUGUUACAAAAAUACAGCCCAGUACAAAAUGCAUUUUUAUCCUCAGAUUGUUUCUCAAAAUA